AUGGAGUUCACUUCUGAUAAACUUGAACGUUACAACACGCUCACCAAGAAGCCGGUGGAUGAAUUUUGUGUAUUGGUUUAUUUUAUUUUAUCACAGGUUGAUGAUAUAUAUUUUUUAGAGCCCGAGUUUAAGGAGGAGUUUUAUCAGCUAGUUAAAGACGGAUGCUGGACCGACUCUCCUCAAAUCUACAUGGAAUGGAAGGCAAGACAGGCCGCCGCUGCCACCAAUGGAGGUGCAGUUGCUCAUCAUUAG